GUUGCCCUUUGAUAAGCCAUCGUUGUAAAUAAGAAUUUGAUCUUAACUGACUUGUCUAGUUAAACAAGGUUAAAUAAAUCAAAUAAAAAAAGAACUACCUCUGCUUGUCAUAUAACUGUGCUGCUUGCGACUGUGACUUUUCUUUUAUAUUCGGUAUUUUCUUCUAUUAAAGGCAUACAAAAACAGGCACAUUACACCCAAUACUUCCCAGCUUAUUUUAAUAGAGCAAGUUCUGUGUCUGAAAGAUAGGCAACCCCGUUAUGUCUCCUUCAUGAGUUGUGGAAAUGGCUGCCAUUACCAUCAACGAUGUGAUGCGUAGGUGGUGCAGUAGGAGUGCCACGGGAAAGCCUUUGGUUAAGGUGUAUUGUAUGUCUCACUCUCAUCUGUCUAUCUGGUACAGCAGAUACCGUUCACAUUGAAUCAUGGCAGGAGAUGGGGAAUCUGCGUCGAGAUAAAAGAGCUCUGGUUUUUCUUUGGCAAUGAAGUUCUCAAAGUCUCAUUCCAGGCGUGACUCCCCAGAAAACCAGCUUUUCCUGUGGGUCUCCUUAUACAACAACUUCUAGCCGUCAUCAUAUACACAGACUGUUGUCAAAGCCACCUGAUGCACUAGCCUUGCCUCUUGGGAAAGAGGCUACUGAGCAAACCAGACUGUGCUGUCGAUGUCAGGCAAGAUGGCUGCUGACUCACCUGUGAGGAGAGAGCAUGAGGAGCUGCAGAGGAGGGCCAAUCAGGUGACAGAUGAGUCCCUGGAGAGUACCCGUCGUAUGAUGCAGCUAGUAGAGGAGAGCAAAGAUUCAGGAAUCCGGGCCCUGGUCAUGCUGGACGAACAAGGAGAGCAACUGGAGCGGAUUGAGGAGGGCCUGGACCAGAUCAACUCGGAUAUGAAGGAGGCUGAGAAGAACCUCACAGACCUGGGCCAAUGCUGCGGUCUGUGCUCCUGUGAUAAGCUGAAGGACUUUGAGGAGAGUGGGGCCUAUAAGAAGGUGUGGGGGAACAACCAGGAUGGGGUGGUGUCCGGCCAGCCGUCCUCACGCGUGGUGGAUGAGAGAGAGCAGAUGAUCAUGAGCGGAGGCUACAUACGCAAGGUGACAAAUGAUGCAUGUGAGGAUGAGAUGGAGGAGAAUCUGGGACAUGUAGGCAGCAUCAUAGGCAACCUGAAGAGCAUGGCACUGGACAUGGGCAAUGAGAUCGACACGCAGAAUGUCCAGAUUAACCGCAUUCAGGGCAAGGCCAUCCACAAUGUAUACCGCAUCGAUGCUGCCAAUCAGAAAGCUAACAAUCUAAUGAAAAGAUAAAGAGGAAGAUUGUCCUUCUCUGCUGUGUGAUCUUAUCUACUCCCUGUCUGUCUUUCUGUGCCAAUAUGCGUCCAGUGACCAUCCACCCACAUAGAAAACCUGCCAAAUGAUUGUGUAUGCUGUAUCAUAAAUCCUGAGCAGCAGGGUACACAUCAUUAUUCAUACCUGGCUCUAGAUUGACCCUAGCCUGUUUGCCAGUCUCUGCCACAUGACGAAGAGUACAAGGAGUGGAAUGCUACCGAGACUUGUACCCAGAUGGCCUGGAGACCACACUGCCGCCAUCUGUUGGCUCGAUUGUUUUCUGAAAACGAGAAGCACACCCUCUCCGCUCUUUCGCCAUCGUCCGCUCGCUAUCCUUCCUCCUUCGAUGCAGAAUGGAGCACCAGUGGAAUUGGGUUGCUCUGCUUGUUGUCACCAGGAAGACUAAAGUAAAUAGGAAAGGAAUCAGCAUUCGGUGUCUGCUUUGCUUUUAACACGUGAAUGAGGUUUGCCUGUCAAUGAUGACUAUAGUUUUUAAAAUGCACUUUAUAGCUCAGUUUUCGUUUGUAUUUAUUUAACUCAACAGUUGCAUGACGGUAAACAUAUUCUCCCAUAUAGGCUGUGUUGAGGUUGUGAACUGGACUUAACAUCUACAUGUGUCUAGCAAUUGAUAUGUUUUAGUUUUGAUUAGACUAUAUUAGCGCUUCGAUAUAGCGGAUGUGAAAUUUGGUUUCCGUCACACAAUUUCCUAAUUGUCAUAACAUCAAGUAGACUCACACCCCCCUCCCCCUAUUGCAUCCCUCUGAUGUUGUGGUGUUCCACUAUAUAAUUUUGUAUACAAGAUAAAUAUGGAUUUAUAUUGUAAUUCUGUACAUAAAAUAUUCAAAUGCAUAAUUAUUUAUGUUAA